CACUGCGUUCUUUCAUGGUGGGAGCAUACACGAGAAACUGGUAAUCUGGCGCUUUAAAUUGCCCCGACGGAGAAACUGAGCGAUUGAACAGGAAGUUUUCGUAGCAACUUUUUUUUUCAAAGUAGGCUAUGACUGAAACGAGUAAGCUCAACUGCAAAGCCUGGAGCCGGGAUUUAACAGGAAAGAGAAAAGUUAUCCAAAAGGUGCGAGUAAUGAUCCAUUUUUAGCAAGGGUUCCCACACCAUAGGGUACAGUAAUUAUGGAGACAGGGGGUUACUGUUGAUUUCUAUGAAAGGCAACGCUUCAGAAAGAAAACCUUUCGACUUUUUCGACCAUCGCCACUUGAUUCAAAGCGAUGACGGGACUGCGGCGAAGAGGAGGGAUUGAAGCAUGAGAAAGAUGGAUGAGCAUCGGAUGGAAAUGUUCUAUGUAUAAAUAUGUCACUAGCGAACCAGUUAGAUACCCAACAGUUAGCUAGCUAGCUAGCUAACUUUUGACCAGGGCAAAUCCGAAGAUGGAAAAAUAUACUAUAACUGGACUUUCUUUGGGAGCUCGUGAAACGCUUGGGAAACUCGCUUGAAUCGAUUCGAAUCUGAGAUAAAAAGGGACACGGGGAUUAAUCACUGUUUACGAAUAAUUCAAACAUAUUCGCUGAUGUCCCUGAUAGUGAAAUACAUUUGGCACUCAGCAAAUCAACUCAAGUAACAAGGAAGCUAGCUGGCUGCUGCUCACGUUACAGAAAAGAUCUGCUUAUGAUCAACGACGGUUUUUUUUUAUUUUGGGAUCUUUCUGUUGUAUAAUUAAAACGUGUGAUAUGUUGAUGUCUUGAGCUAAAGUAUUAGUGUAAUAGCAGCAACGUUAGCUAAACAAUCACGCUGCGCGCCACUACAUUAGCUAGCUAAAUUAGCUAACGUUAAAUCCUAGAAAUUGCACUAAAGAAACGUAGUUAGCAAAGAGAUACAAUCUAUCUAUCCAGCUGACACUAAUGCCUCGUUGGAAAGAACUAUGAUUACAUCGCUCCAACUUUCCCACUGUAUUUACAUAUAUUUAUUUCCGUGGGAAAAGGGAACGGGGCUGUUAAUGGCAGACUUUCAGGAACUGCUGCAACAACAACCCGAAAAGUUUUAGCUAGUUGCGAUUUCCCCAAAAAAUAACUUGUUGUGGUUAAGUCAUACUGACGUUAACAAGCAAACCACAGCCGUAGGCUUUACUAUCGGAAUUUAGGUAUAUUAUUGUAGAUAGUUGUGGAUUUCUUUUUUGUUACACUGCGAUGGCUGGCGGUGGCGUCUCUCCCUUGGGUGGCGCGCCUCCAUUGUGGUAUCACCGGGAUCUAAGUCGCGCUGCGGCGGAGGAGCUGCUGGCUCGGGCCGGGCGAGAUGGGAGUUUCCUGGUGCGAGACAGCGAGAGUGUGAGCGGUGCUUACGCCCUUUGCGUCCUGUUUCAGAAACAUGUACACACCUAUAGGAUUCUUCCUGAUGAAGAGGGCUUCUUGGCAGUGCAGACCUCGCAGGGCGUGCAGCCGAAGCGCUUUAAGACACUUCCGGAGCUGAUCCAGCUGUACCUGCAGCCCAGCCAGGGCCUGGUGACCACGCUGCUGUACCCCGUGGAGCGUGAGGAGAGCCCCGACGACAGGGAUUACUCCGAUGGGGAGGAUGACAAGCCUCCACUCCCCCCUCGUACCGCCUCCACCAGCAGCCCUCCUGGGUCCAGCAGUUCUGCCUUGGUCCCCAUCGGCCAGGAUUCACUGACAGACAGUUCUGCUGCCAAUGGGCUGAGCACCAUCUCCCAUGAGUACUUGAAGGGCAGCUAUGCCUUGGACCUGGAGGCGGUAAAGCAGGGGGCAAGUAAACUGCCCCACCUCAACAAGACCCUCGUGUCCUGCUGCAAGCGUCUCCAUGGGGAAGUGGACAAAGUCCUGGCAGGUCUGGAGAUUUUGUCUAAAGUUUUCGACCAACAGAGUGCCCUCAUGGUGUCCCGAAUGAUUCAGCAGUCGGCCAGUCAGGGUGGGGAUCAGGAGCUGGAGCACCUCGUCACCAAACUGGCCAUCCUCAAGGACCUGCUGUCCUCCAUCGAGAAGAAGGCCCUGAAGGCCCUUCAGGACAUGAGCUCUCCCUCCAUCCCCCCUCAGCUCUCCACACGGCACAGCAAAGCCAUUCCUGUGCAGGCCUUUGAGGUCAAGCUGGACGUGUACUUGGCAGACCUCACUAAAAUAGGCAAAUCGCAGAAGCACACGCUGAGUGUGGACGUGGAAGGGGGCAAGCUGGUGGUGAUGAAGAAGAUGAAGGACGCACAGGAGGACUGGAACACCUUCACACACGACAAAAUUCGGCAGCUGAUCAAGUCUCAGCGUGUCCAGAAUAAGCUGGGAAUCGUGUUCGAGAAGGAGAAGGACAAGAGCCAGAGGAAGGACUUCAUCUUCGCCAGCGCAAAGAAAAGGGAAGCUUUUUGCCAGCUCCUGCAGCUGAUGAAGAACAAACAUUCCCAGCAGGAUGAGCCGGAUAUGAUCUCCAUCUUCAUCGGGACCUGGAACAUGGGCAGCGUUCCCCCACCCAAGACCAUGAGCUCCUGGAUCCUGUCCCGAGGCCUGGGGAAGACGCUGGACGAGAUGACAGUCACCAUCCCCCAUGACAUCUAUGUGUUCGGCACACAGGAGAACUCUGUGUGCGACAAGGAGUGGGUGGAGACUCUGCGGGCAGCCCUGAAGGACUGCACAGAGCUGGACUUCAAACUGAUCUCCAUGCAGACACUGUGGAACAUUAAGAUCGCUGUCCUGGUGAAGCCGGAGCAUGAGAACCGCAUCAGCCAUGUGGGCAUGUCCAGCGUGAAGACUGGCAUUGCCAACACGCUAGGCAACAAAGGUGCCGUCGGCGUCUCUUUCAUGUUCAAUGGCACCUCCUUCGGGUUUGUCAACUGUCACCUCACCUCAGGCAAUGAGAAGAUUGGCAGGCGGAACCAGAACUACCUAGACAUCCUGAGGCUGCUCUCUCUGGGAGACAAGCAGCUGAGCUCCUUCGACAUCUCCCUGCGAUUCACGCACCUCUUCUGGUUUGGAGACCUCAACUACCGGCUGGACAUGGACAUCCAGGAGAUCUUGAACUACAUCAACAGGAAGGAGUUUGACCCACUGCUCAAAGUGGACCAGCUAAAUCUGGAAAGAGAGAAGAACAAGGUGUUCCUGCGUUUCGCUGAAGAGGAGAUCUCGUAUCCCCCCACCUACCGUUAUGAAAGGGGUUCCCGGGACACCUACGUGUGGCAGAAGCAGAAGCCCACAGGGAUACGCACCAACGUGCCUUCCUGGUGUGACCGGAUUCUGUGGAAGUCUUAUCCCGAGACGCACAUCGUGUGCAACUCCUACGGAUGCACCGAUGACGUUGUCACCAGUGACCACUCUCCCGUGUUUGCUACGUUCGAGGUUGGAGUGACGUCUCAGUUUGUCUCCAAAAAAGGGCUGCCCAAGUCUUCAGAGCAGGCCUACAUUGAGUUUGAGAGCAUUGAAGCCAUCGUGAAAACUGCCAGCAGGACCAAGUUCUUCAUCGAGUUUUACUCAACCUGCCUUGAGGAGUUCAAGAAGAGCUACGAGAACGACAGCCAGAGCAGUGACAAUAUCAACUUCCUGCGAGUGGGCUGGUCAUCCAAGCAGCUGACCACGCUGAAGCCCAUCCUGUCCGAGAUCGAGUACCUGCAGGACCAGCACCUGCUGCUCACUGUCAAGUCUCUUGAUGGAUACGAAUCCUACGGGGAAUGUGUCCUGGCCCUCAAGUCAAUGAUUGGCAGCACGGCGCAGCAGUUCCACACGUACCUGUCCCACCGCGGCGAGGAGACGGGCAACAUCCGCGGGUCCAUGAGGGUGCGUGUGCCCUCCGAGAGGAUGGGUACCCGGGAACGGCUCUACGAGUGGAUCAGUGUGGAUAAGGACGAGACGGGAGGCCCGAAGGGUAGAACGACACUGCCUACCAGAACGGGUCACGAUUAUGUCAAACCCACCAUGUCUCGCAAACACCUGCCGGGGGAGCUGGGGAAGGUGUCCGAGGAAGGUGAGAAAAACACCUCCCACACCACGGGACGUCCUGGCUUCCCCCUGCCCUCUGCCCCCAAGGAGGACGGCACGCAGGCCAGGGCGAAGCAGGACUCUGUUGAAGGAGACCCCUCCAGCUGCAAGAACAGCUAUAACAACCCAGCUUACUACAUCCUAGAAGGUGUGCCUAAUCAGUCCGCUGCUCUGGCAACUGACCUGCUGCCUGGCUCCGCCCUCCCGCCCGUCGCCACAAAAGGGACCCCUGUGGGUAAGAGCAAGCCCCCCUCGGGCAGCUCGGCCCAGCAGCGCAGGCAGACCGGCGGACGCCCGGCCCGCCCCGUCAGCGAGGAGGGGUCCUCGGAGGAUGACGGGAACCCCGGGGCGCACGGUGCCACACUGAACCGUCCUCCCCCGGACUUCCCCCCGCCUCCGCUCCCCAAGGGGGCCAUCGAAAUGACGGAGAACCCCUUCUACGCCACGGGCAAGGACGUCAAGAGCCGGAGCAUCUACCCUGACCUGGCGGACAUCAAGAUCCCAGCCAAGCCCCUGCACUCCCCGGGGAUCCUGCCCCCGGCCUCCGGCGGCGCCAGCGGGGCCUUCUGCCUGGAGCCCCCUCCCGUUCUCAGCCCCCCCUCUGCCCCCUUCAGGAGAGGAGGGGCCAGCCCCGCCAUGGACGACCAGUCCUGCUCCGUGCUGCAGAUGGCGAAGACGCUGAGCGAGGUGGAGUACCAGCCAGGACGGGACAGGAACCCCCCCAUCCCGCACAAGGGCAUGGGCGCCCCCCACCUUCGGGGCCUGGGGCUGCAGGACGCCUGCUGCACCUUCCCCCCUCGCUCCAUCCAGGAGAGCAUCGCGGAGGACCUGCCAGAGGAGGGCAUGUGGCAGGGAGGCAGCAGCAGCUCCAGCCUCUCUGUGGAGUCCAGCGUCGGGGAGUGGCUGCAACGGCUAGGCCUGGAGCGCUAUGAGGAGGGGCUGCUGCACAACGGCUGGGACGAUUUGGAGUUCCUCAGUGACAUCACGGAGGAAGACCUGGAAGAGGCGGGGGUUCUCGACCCCACCCACAAGAAGAUCCUUCUAGAGAGCCUGAAGCAGCAGCAGCAACAGCAACAGCAAAAGUGAGCCGUGUCAAGCCAAGCUGGUCCAAUCUGUGCCUUCUCACAGAAUUUGCACUGUAGUUUUUUUUUUUUUUCUCUUUUUUUUUUUUUCCAAG